AUGGUGUUGCAUCUUGAUAGAGUGGGUUCGGAUCAUUGUCCUCUACUCCUUAAAGCACAGAACACAAUGAGAGUUAAGGGGAAUCGACCUUUCCGUUUUAUUGCUGCAUGGCAAGACCAUCAUCAAUUUAAGAAUUUUCUGUCGGAGGUUUGGAAUAAUGAAUUGGAUGUUUUAAACAACAUUAAUUCUUUUCAAAUCAAAGCUAUUGAUUGGAACUUGAAGGUUUUUGGCCACGUAGGGAGGAAAAAAAGAGAGUUGUUGGCCCGUUUACGAGGUAUUGAAAGAGUGCUUACUUCUCGCUAUUCUCGAAGGUUGGUAGAUCUACAGUACAUGCUGAAAAAUGAACUUGAAGAUGUACUACAACAAGAGGAGAGAGGUGAUUUUGAUAAUCAACUCAAUCGAACUCUCUUGGUGCUUAUCCCAAAAAUUAAAUCUCCAGAGUCGUUUAGUCACUUUCGACCUAUUAGUUUGUGCUCAGUCCUUUAUAAGCUAAUCAUAAAGAUCAUUGUGAAUCGGCGAAAUCCUUUACUGAGUCAUUGGAUCUCGGAAACUCAAACAAGUUUUGUUCAUGACAGAUCGAUAACGGAUAAUAUUAUUAUUGCGCAAGAGGUAGUCCACUCCAUGAGAUUGAAGAAAGGCAAGAUUGGUUAUAUGGCUAUCAAAAUUGAUCUUGAAAAAGAAUAUGACCGUCUUGAAUGGACUUUCAUUGAUGAUACGUUAAAAGAGCUUCGUAUUCCGGACAAGCUUAGGAUGCUUAUCAUGCGCUGUGUAUCUUCAGUUUCAACCCAGGUACUUUGGAACGGUGUUAUGUCUGCAUCUUUUAAUCCAUCACGUGGGUUUCAUCAAGGUGAUCCUUUAUCACCUUACUUGUUUGUAAUGUGCAUGGAGCGGUUAGGGCAUACAAUAACAGGAGCGGUAAACAAUGGUAGGUGGAAACCUAUUCGCUUGUGUCGUAACGUGCAUGCUCUCUCCCAUCUUUUCUUUGCUGAUGACUUGGUACUUCUUGCUGAGGCUUCUAUCGAGCAAUGUAAUGUUAUACGGGGUAUUUUGGAGCUAUUUUACAAUUCCUCAGGUCAAAAAAUAAAUAUGCAGAAAACUACUAUUUAUUACUUAAAGAAUGUGGAUUUGGAUUUGAAGAAUUCCAUUAGUGCUUCUUUUGGCUUUCAAGAAGUUCGAAAUUUGAGUAAGUAUUUGGGAGUCCCUCUGUUACAUUCUCGGAUUACGAAAGCUUCGUAUAGUUAUAUUGUUUCAAGAGUCCGUGACAAGCUCACGGAGUGGAAGGAAAAAUCGUUAUCCUUGGCUAGGAGAAUUACCUUGGCGAAAGCAGAACUUUCGGUGAUUCAUUCUUAUUCAAUACAAUCAAUGAUGCUUCCCAAAGGGAAUGAAGCUUUUCUCAUGAAACUAGCUUAUAAAUUGGUGGUUAAUUCCGAUCAAUUGUGGGCUAGAGUGCUACGUUCUAAAUAUAAAUGGGUGGAAUUGAUCCCCGAAUCCAUUAAUCGCAUGAGAAGCUCGCAUGUUUGGAAGGGUAUUUCUCAAGUAUGGAAUGAUGUACGACAAAGCUUUGUUUGGAAUAUUGGUAAUGGUUGUAAUGUAGAUUUUUGGAGGGAGGAUUGGCUUUGCGAAUUGGGACCUUUGGUGAGCUUUAUUGUUAAUAUAGCAGGGCGUGAUAACCUUCUAAGGCAGUCGGUGUCUUCUAUGGUGGAUCAUAAUGGUCAAUGGCGUUGGGAAUUCAUCGUUGAUAAACUGUCGAUCACCAUUAUUCAACACCUGGCAGCAACAAUGCCCCCACGACAAAGCUGUGGAAUGGAUGUUCUUGGUUGGAAAUUGAGCGUUGAUCGGAAUUUCUCUGUUAAAUCAACUUAUGAGUUCCGGCGGGGAAUUUUAAAUGACGUUACGCAUAAAGUGUGGGAGAGCGAGUACGACGACAUAUGGACACAACUAGCAAUUGUGGAAUUUGUUGACAGACGGGAGAAUCAUGAGACCAUCUUUUUUGCCAAUAUGCUUGGCAACCGCCUCCUCACAAUUGGUGUAAGAUUAAUACCGAUGGGUCCCUUGACAUAUGAAGCGGAUUUGCAUCAUGUGGAGGUGUUCUUUGAUCUUCAAAUAGUGGUUGGAUGUGUUUCUCAUGCUUGGAAUCUAGGAGAGCGGCUAAUCAUGGUGGAGACGGAUAGUUUGGUGGCUAUUCGGAUGUUAAAGAAGAACACUAAGAGAGGAUCGAUUUUUACUCUUAUUGACUGCGUGAAUGAGUUGAUUAACAGAGAUUGGAACAUUGUUUUAAAGCACAUAAGCCGGAAUGCAAACAAGGUGGCGGAUAGACUGGCGAAGAUUGUCGCGACUAGAGGAGAAGCUCGUAUUGUUUUUUCUACCCCACCAUUGAAAGUCAUAGAUAUUGUCCAACGGGAAGCUGAAGAUUACACAUUGACAGCAGGAGGUUAA